AUGAUCAAUUUCACUUUGAAGAAGGAUAUCAAUCAGUAUAUGGAGCUCAAGUUUGUGUACGCCAGCUUCAUUAAUGAUGGAGACGACAUUUCGCGCAGCGCGAUUUUCAAGGAUCGUAGUUUGAGCACAGUGCUUAUCGGUCCUCUGUUUGUCGUUUUUGAUCAUACUUCAUGGAACAGAUCCAUGAAGGUUGGAGCAGAGUGCUCGUUGAUUCCCUCUUCACAGCCUUUAAUCAUAAUUCUCGAAGCAGAUUCAUCCGUGGAGAUUUCGAGCAGAGUGCUCGUUAAUCCUACGUUUUCGGUCUUCAAUCGUAAUUCCUGGAGCAGUGAAAGUCUGAGGCUCGUUAAUCCUCUGUGCAUCGUUGUUUUAGUUAAUACAACGGCGUCGGAAAAAGGAGAUGGUAGUAUAGCCAAGAUGUGGAGCAGAUCCACAAAGAAGAACUGGAGUACGUUGAUAGAGUUUUUUGUUCCGUGGUUUUUCUUGGCCGGAAAGCAGGUUUUUCCGGUGAACUACGAAGAUGAGGUGUCACAACGGGAAGCUUCGCAUUCUAAUGAUCUAGCAGCAACGCUUGAGUGCCUCCAGGAUUCGUUCGCCGACGUCAACUUCGUAGGUGAUGUGUGUCUCAAGGUGCGCAAGGCGGAGGUGGUGCUGCGCGAGGAGUCUCCCAACGAAAUCGGUUACGAGGAGUUUAAGACCGACGUCACCGCAUUGUUCCUGGCCGUGCAUAACGGCAAUGUCGCACUAGUGAGAAAACUGCUAAGUAUUGGAGCAGAUGUGAACCAGAAACUUUUCAGGGGAUAUUCUACUUCAAUAGCUGUGAGGGAGAACCACCUUGAGAUUUUAGAGAUGUUACUCAAGGCUGGGGCUUCUCAACAGGUCUGUGAGGGAGCUUUGCUAGAAGCCAGUUGUUAUGGACAUGCAAGGAUGGACAUAUUGGUUUAUUAUUUGCAAGGUGGUCAAGUGGUUUGCACUGUCUAUGAAAUGGUUGUUGUUUGGGUGCAGAACCAGCUUAAGCAAAAGGUGGUCAAGGAGAAAGUUUUUUAUUCCAAAGGGGUUAAUGAUCCAGAUUAUGUUCUUGAGGUGGGUGAUGGCCUGUUUGAGGUGUUGUCUACUUCUGCAGCCAAAACCAAUGACUUGGCAGAGCAAGAGAGUACAAAAUUAAAGGGUAAUCUCUCUGAAGUGAUCUCGAAAAAUGUUGAUCAAUUGAAGUAUCUGCAUAGUCAAGUUGCUGAGCAGAGAGUUGAACUAGCAAAUAAUGCUUCCAAAACUAGUUUCUUGGUGAAUCAGCUAGAAGUGGACCUGAGAAUGUACUUUGCAUACCAGGAACUCUCUUCUGCUUUUGAAAAAAAAACUGUUCAACUGCUUGUUGGUGAUGUUCUAUGGGAGAUGUUCAAUGAUACUUGUAAGAGGCUGAGAAUCAUGAAGAGUUCAUUGUUGAUUGAGCAGGAAUCUCAUUGUGCUUUUAUUGACUAA